AUGAAUUCUGCGAGCAACGCCACGGCGGUGUUGGGCGAGACGGUCCAAGACCUGCCGGACCUCCCGCCGCUGCCGGAGCCGCGCAGCGAGGGGAUCAUGCGGGAGCGGAACUUUUGGCGCUGGACGGGCGCUCUAGGCUGGUCCCUGAACUUCAUCUUGCUGUGCUGGGCGCUCUUCCUGCGCAACGCGGGGAUCAUCGACCAGGGCCAGGACGCCGAGGAGGAAGAGAGUCUCAAGCUGGACGAGUCAACCUAUGCAGACCUGCUGGCCAGCCAGCUGCAGGAGGAGAAAUACGUCUCAGAGUCCAACUCGGCCAUCAACACCAUGACGGACGGCCUGCGCUCCAAGCUGGAGGCGCUGCGCGCGCGGGCGGAGCGCCUCUUGAGCCCCACGGAGCGCCUGCCCAGCUACGACGACGUCAUGAUCUCGCGGCUGAUCGGAGACUUGCAGACGGGGGUGGAGGACCAGCGCCGGAUGCUCUCCAAAGAAUCCGCCGAGGUGAUGCAGAAGUUGCAGGAGAAGCCCGAGAUGCUCCGGCAGCUGGUGGUAGACCCGCCUCAGCGUCAGAACCAGGGCUUGUUGGCCGAGGAGCUCCCCCAGUUCAUGGAGCAGUCGGCGGUGCCGGUGCUGAUCUUCUUCUUCGGGUCCUUCUGCGUGGCGGUGCUGUCCCGCCAGUUCCUGCGGGUGGUGUCUGCCUGGCGCAGCGAGAGCGAGGACCAGAAGGCGCUGCGCAUGCGGAAGAUCCAGAAGCAGCGCUUCACGAUCUUCAAGGAGCAGCUGCAGAAGUCCGUGGAAGACUUGGGCCAGGGGCGACUCCAAGAGGCGGCCAAGGGCUUCGAUGGUUUGGCCAGCUUCGCCCAGCGCUGGGCGUCCGAGCCGACCUGGGAGGAGACCAUCCGGGCCGAGUUGGCGGCUUUCUGGGAACGCUGGGGCCCUCAGGCCUACCGCCUCGAAGCGAACAUCGCGGAUGUGCAGGGUGUGCCGGGUACAGCGGAGGAGCAGGCAAAGUGGGUGGUGGACAGGUGGUUCUCCUCUGCCAAGUCCGUGGUCAAAGAUUUCGCCAUGGAUGCGGUCAAGGCCUGGGGUGAGGAGGCCAGCAAGGCCGCCGCCGCGGCGCGCUCCGCGUCGGCGGGCUCCCUGGGCUCCGGCGAAGCGAAGGGGAGCGGCCGCGCGGAAGAG